AUGGGGCGGAAGCCGUCGAAAAAAGAGGCAGACGAACGCAUCGCCGGUCUCCCGGGAGGUACCCUCUUCCCCGACGAGCUCGCACUCAAGCUCAUCCAGACCUACGACCAUAACGGGAAUGGCCUGCUGCAGCAGUCGGAGUUCGCCCCCACGGAGGAGCUCAGGACGAGGCUGGAGAACCUUUUCAGUCAGCAGCGGGAGGAGAAGCGCCUGGCGCGCAUGGAGGAGCGCCAGCGCCAGAUGGACGACAACAUGAGGCCGGACGCGGGGGCGGUGGUGGUGUCUCCCGGUGAUGUCAACGACGGCCUGGUCAAUACCGCCGACAACGCGCUGUCCGCGCUGCCGUACCUGCUGCCCCUGGCUGAUGGCAUCGUGUUCGCCGCCCACCUGUUCGGCGUGUUCCCGGAGCAGACGGCGUGGGCACAGCCACUGGCCGCUGUGCUGCUGACGCUGCGGUCAUUGUCGUUCGCGACUUUGAUCGGCUUCUUCAGCCUGUCCAUCGGCUCCGCAACCCGCAAGUCAACAAGCUCGUGA